AUGUUUGCCACGAUCAUCCUCGUGUUCAUAUCUAGAACGCAGGAUGAAGCUCAGCCUCAAGAACAAGCUGGAUUCGGUCAGGGAUUCGGCUGCAUGGACUCCAUGCGGACCGUGUCGAAGAUCAUAGAGAUUUCUCGGGAAUACUCAGAAGGUUUCGAUAGCGUAGAAACGAAUGCGGUACUACCAGCGCUGGUCGAUCACGAUGUGGGCGCGUCGCAUGUGAGUAUAUUAGCCAACUGA